GCAGUGACAGCACAGCACCGGAUGUACCGAAAUCCUGCGUCAAGAUUCUGAGUGCUUGAGGGACACAUUGUGAAUCAUCGGAGCGAAGGUAGCGAACGAGACGGAAAUCUUUCGGGCGUAUACUUGAUUUUUUUCGGAGGGUCACGGGAUCUCCCGUCUCCUCUUAACCCUCAGCGCUCAGCCGGCAAGUUGAGUAAAGUGUCUCUGGUAUGGACGAGCAAAGGUCUUUUGACGGUGCAGAUGAGUCUUUGCUCGAAGCUGCCUUGAACCAAGCAUUUACUCCUCCACCUCGUCGGAGUUCGACGGACCAGGACGACCAUAGCACUUCAAGGGACGACGUGGCGGUUACCGCUGCAGACACACCAUCAGCGUCAAAGUCUCCGGAGCCUCUUGUUUCCAGCGAGGUUCUGGAGUCCUGGAAAUCAGAGUAUGACUCUCAAGUAGAAACGUGGCGGUCACAGUCUGCCGAAGCUCGAGAGAAGGCUGAAAGAGAACGAGCGCGAUGGGAAGGUGUACGUGCGAGGGUACGUGAGUCAUCUCUGCAAGAUUCAAAUGAGGGCUGGGAAAGGGUUGGAAGUAAGGGCAACAGUCUGGCUCCUUCCUCGGUAUCUGGACUUUCGUCAAGUAUCGCUGGUUCUAGCAAGGAUAUCGUAACAGUCGAGCUACCAGCCACCCCCCACAUUCUCGGCCCGGGUCCUCCUCCCUCGCAGAGCGAAGACUCUCAGAAAUGGGAGGAUGUUCCUUCAUCCAUAACUUCAUCUUUCCCCUCAAUGUCCUUCCCCGAACAUACGGAGAAUUCUUCCCCAACCCGACAGCGUUCACAGGACACCAAAGUACCCGUUUCUGCUACACUCGCCGUCUUCGAUUCUUCUCUGUCAACGCGUACUCGUGUCAAAGCAUUAUUUUCUUCUUUAGCGAUAAACUUCCUUCUACCUUUUGUCAAUGGCGUCAUGCUUGGAUUUGGCGAAAUAUUUGCGAAGAAUAUUGUUUUGGAGUGGUGGAGGCCUGGUUCGUCAUCUACGAUGACAGGUAUACGUGGUGGACAGACCUUUAGGACGCGGAGGUCGUGACGUACUAGCUUAUGAGGGUUUUUCAUUUAUAUCGUAGCCAUG